UGCCGCCAUUUUGCUGUACGGAAGCGCCGCCGCGACGCGGGUCCUCGGGGUGCCGCGCCUGUUUUGUUUGGGAAGGGGAAGCUCCGAAGUAGUGAUGACGAAGAUUUAAAGGGCCCGGCGGGUUUUUCUUCACGUUCUCUCCAUAGCCAUGUCCAGGUCCUCCCUCAUCGCCUUCACCCCAGCCACACACCCCAGUGACCUGUGGAAGGAUGGACAACAGCAGCCACAGUCCGAGGAGCCCGAGCCCACCCUGGAUGGGGCUGCAGCUCGCGCUUUCUAUGAGGCCCUGAUUGGGGAGGACCGCAGCGUCCCUGAGCCCCCGAGAUCUCAGCCUGAGCCUGCCAGGGAGAGGAGGAGGAAGAAAAGAACCAUGAGAGUGACUACAGCAGGAGCAUCGGGAAGACGUGGACAAAGGAGAUCCCUUGAGACCGAGGACAGGAUGACCCAGUGGAUACUGAGGGCAGCCCAGGAGGGAGACUUGGCAGAACUUCGGAGACUGUUGGAGCCCCGGGAGGCAGGAGGAGCUGGGGCGAAUAUCAACGCUCCGGAUGCUUUCUGGUGGACUCCUCUGAUGUGCGCUGCCCGAGCUGGCCAGGGGGCAGCUGUGCGCUACCUCCUUGGCCGAGGGGCUGCCUGGGUGGGAGUCUGCGAGCUGGGUGGCAGGGAUGCUGCUCAGCUGGCUGAAGAAGCCGGCUUUCCUGAGGUGGCUCGCAUGAUCAGGGAGAGCCACGGAGAAACCAGGAACCCAGAGAACCGGUCCCCCACCUCCGUUCCCUCCCCCCAGUACUGCAAUACCUGUGCUGCCCACUUCCAAGAUUCCAACCACUACACAUCCACAGCUCACCUGCUGUCACUUUCCCAGGUUCCCCAGACCCCCAGCCUUCCCCUUGGGGUACCCACCUCUAGCCCAGGCUUUAAACUGUUGCUGAGAGGGGGCUGGGAGCCAGGAAUGGGGUUGGGACCCCGGGGUGAGGGCCGUGCCAACCCAGUCCCUACCAUUCUCAAGAGGGACCAGGAAGGAUUAGGCUACAGAUCAGCAGCCCAACCUCGAAUCACACACUUCCGGGCUCAUGAUACUCAGGCCGUGGCUGGAAGGGAGAGAGCCCCCCGGGUGGCCACACUGAGCCGGAGGGAGAAGAAAAGGCAAGAAGAGAAGGACAAGGCCUGGGAACGGGACCUGAGGACUUACAUGAACCUUGAGUUCUGACCUUAAUGAAGCUUGACUCUGGUCUUCUGCAGAAGUUGGAACUUUGGCCUCUGAUGUGAGCAUGUUGACGUCUACUUUCUGAGAUCUGCCCAAGUGGCAGAUCCUCAGGUUUUGGUCAGGGUUUUGAGAAGGCCUGAGAGAUGAAAAACAAAACUUGGGCCGGCGGGCAGCGUGGCAGUUGAGGCCCUGGACGCCCACGUGACUGACCAGUUUGGGUCCCAGACCUCGUGGCUUGCUUUCUCUGUCCCAUCAAAUUAAAUGAGUGAAUUUUAAAAAUAAUUCUUAAAAACGUAACCUUUUUCCUCUUCUGUGGUUUAUUUGCUGUUAUGGGAAAGC